UACCAAACAAACCUGAAGAACUAAUUAAUUAAAUUAACAGGCAAUUAAAUUCCAAGCACUUAAACGACUCUGGAUAACACCAUGCAACUUGCACAAACUUAUUAAAAAAUACGGCUAUUAUCUACUCUUUUUUAUAUAUGAGCUAACUAUACUAUUGUUAUAUAUAUUACAGUUUAUAUCGUUGAUAGCAAGCAAUAACUAGGUGAUAAAAACACAGUAGCGAACAAUUUGAAGAAAUUUUCAAUUCGGUCACUUUAAAAUCAUCUAUACGAUGGAAGCAAAGACAAACGUCUGCCUUAGCAGCAGGGAACAGGAAGCGUUGGACCGUUAAACCGUUUUUGGAGGGCAAUUAGUGGGGGUGGUUUCAAGUUUCAUAUACAUGUGAUACAUCUUAUCAGUAACAAAGUGGUUUAAAAUGCGCGCCAAUUUUUCGACAGUCAGCUGAGGCGGGCUACGGUUAAAUUUCGCGCUCGCGCAAUGCUAGGUCCGCGGAGAAUUUUAGUGUCGUCUCCACAUAUCUACCAAAUAGCAAACUAACCGCAAACUGCUGGAAAUUUCUGCCAAAAAAAAAUCUACAAUAGCGAGGUUCGAAAUAGCAUGUAAUGUCCCGCCCUAUUUUGUUUCUAUUCUAAGGGGGGAUAUUUUGUGGUCAGUGCUUGCUCAAUAAUAAAUCAAACUGCAACUAAGUGAUAUUUAGUGGGUCCAAAGUGGUCAGAUUGUACAAAAAGUGUCCCUUAUUCAGCCCAUCCAAAAUGAUGAAAUUUCCGGUGUCAGUUUUGCAGGAAUUUGCCACAAUGAAAGGCUUGCCCUUUCCCAACUAUGAAAUGUCUGUAUCGGGGCAAUCGCAUAAUCCCACAUUUUCCUGCGAAGUUACAUUGGAUGGAAAAUCUGCCUCAGCCAUCGGUUCCACUAAACAAGCAGCCAAACAUAAAGCAGCUAGUGAAAUUUUGGAGCUAUUCGAUAUCCCAACUUCAACGGACUGUGAGCAAUUUCAAAAGAAUGAAUUCAAUUCCACCCUGUUGCCACCCAAGAGCAAUGACUUGGCCUGUUUAAAUUACGUGGGAAAACUGAACGAGUUUAGCUCAGGAAAUCGAUUUUCGCAACCAAUCUAUAAGCAAAGUAUGGAAUCGAUGACUCAGUUCUGCAUGCUGUGCUCGUUCCUCAACUUCGAAGCGAAAGGUUUCGGAAGGACGAAGAAGAACGCCAAACAGGAUUCGGCCAAAAACAUGCUGAAACUGAUUAGGGAAGCUGAUUUGGAGAAGAGUCCGCGCAAUGAUGUUCCCCAACUGAACCUUGUAAAGUGCGAUCAAGCCCAAACAGCCACAGUAUUGGGCAAGUACUUGAGUUUAAUGGAGGGUCUUCGGAUUGGCGACUCACAGCCUACAGUCAGCCCUUGUCCAGAUACUGAGCUGCUGGUACCCACCACAAAAGUCCUGUUCUCCAAGUGGGAGGAUUUGGAGAAUUACUUCGAUAGAAAUGGCAUCAGCGCUCAAUUAACAGUGUUUCAAAAAACACCAUUGAUCCUCUGUCUGAAGGUCAAUCAGAUGGUCUUUCUCAAUACCGGCCCCACUCGGGAGGAAAUACUGAGCAGACUCCUUUUUACGGUCUCCAAUAUGGUGGAGCAGGGUCGGGACUUAUUCAUGUCUCCGUUCCAGCGCAACUGUGGUUAAACUGGUUCAUUCUAUUGAAUGUGAUAAUGGAUGUGAUAACUGGUUAAAUUCCCUAUUUCUAUUAG